GGGGGUGGCUGACUGCCCUGUGCUUCUCUUUGUCCAACCCGCCAUGCUGGGAGGAAGUAAGGUCAGUUCACUUCCAUUUCCUCCCAGUGAGGUCAGAUCACUUCCUCAUCAGUGCCGCUGGGGAGGAGGCACACAGAGGAAGAUGAAAACAUGGUGGAGGAGAGGGCCCAGGAAAACUGAUGGCAGACUCCCAUCAGCCUGGGCCAGCAAGCCCCUUCUGGACCCCAGUGAAGCCACCCCUCUGUACCCAAAAGAAAUGGCCUCCCCUACUAAGCCACGCGAAUGCUUAGUCACCAAGCAAGACGGGAAAGGAUUUGGUUUUAGUUUACGCAUUGAGAAGAAUGAAGUGGGACAUCUUGUUCGGUCAAUCGAAAAAGACAGCUCAGCCGAUAGAUCUGGAUUGAAGGAUGGAGACAGGGUGCUGACGGUUGAUGGCAUAUUUGUGGAUGAAAAGGAGCACACUGAGGUGGUUGAUAUAAUUAAGAAAAGUGGAAAUUCAGUAACCCUCUUAGUUCUGGAUGAAGUUGCUUAUGAAAAUGCAAAGAGGAAAGGAGAAGAUUUAUCUAAACUCAGCAAGACCUCGGCACAGCCUGUAACACAGCCAGAAGUCAGCCAGCCACCAAAGAAAGAUGAGGUCCAAAACUCUGUUCCAAAACCACGAAUCUGCUACUUAGCUAAAGAUGGCGGCUCAUAUGGCUUUUCUCUUAAAAGCACACCAGGUACUAGUGGCGUAUUCUUGGGGUCACUGGCUCCUAAUGGCAUUGCGGCCAAAGCCGGAGUACGAGAUGGCGAUCAUAUCAUCGAAAUGAAUGGAAACAAUGUUGAGAAUGACUCACAUGAACAAAUAAUCCAAAAGGUAAAGGAGUCUGGGUCCAUCAUUGUUUUCCUGUUGGCUGAUAAAGAAACAGAAGAUUACUUUACAAAAAUGAAGCUGAAAAUCACAGCAGACACGGCUACUCUAGAACACUUACCUUCUAAGCCAAGAACUGUGGAUUUAAAGAAAGAGCCAAGUGGAUACGGGUUUUAUUUGAGACAGGAAAAAAAUCGAAAAGGCCAUUUCAUCAUGGAAAUCGAUGCAGGUAGUCCAGCGGAAAAAGCCAACCUGAAGGACUAUGACCGUAUUGUCGCUGUUAAUGGAGCGUCUGUGGAAACGUUUGAACAUGAGCAAGUGGUGGAUGCCAUUCGGAAGGGUGGAGACAAGACCACACUUUUGAUUGUGGAUCAGAAAACCGAUGAGAUCUACUCAAAGGCCGGUAUCUCACCGUAUUUAUACUUGCAAGAAUUAAAAAAGCCAGAGGAGCAGAAGGAGCACACCCCAGCAGUAAUUCCUGCAGUCACUACAGCCACCAAACCAGCACCCGUCCCUACACCUACACCUACACCAGAAAAACCUGCCACCACCCCGGCUGCCCCCUCCCCGGCUGCCACCUCUCCUGAUCCAAAACACAAACCAAGAUUGUGCCAACUGCAAAAGGGCACCAGUGGAUAUGGCUUCAACUUAAAUGCAAUAAAGGAGGUCCCAGGCCAGUAUAUUAAACAGGUGGUGAAAGGUGGACCUGCCGAUGUGGGUGGUGUAAAAGAAGAUGACAUAUUGCUGGAAGUUAAUGGUGUCAAUGUGGAGAAAGAUGCAUAUGAAGAUGUUAUUGUUCAAAUCAAAAACGCUGGAGGGAACCUGACAUUGUUGGUCAUUUCUCAAGAAGCUUACGAUUACUUCAAGUCACAAAAACUCCCUGUAACGUCUUCUAUGGCUGAUCCCCUUCCGAAAAAAGAGACUCCUCCGAGCAACAGUGAGAAAGCCCCAACUAACAAAGCUAAAUCAGUCCCUGAACCAAUUGAACUGGCGGCAAGCCCACCUCCUGAUGUUAAAUCACAAGAUAAACAAGAAAAGGACGAUGACACUCAGCUGUAAAAAGAAAAUCCGACUCUUGAGGCAGGAGCUACUUCCGGACUGUAACUCCCAUCACUUUCAAACUGCCUUGAAAACAAAUCCUACACUGAGAAUCCAGCCGGACUAUAGAAAGAAAGCUGUAGCUGUUGUGGAUACUCCCAUCACUCUGAGCCCGGCUGUGGCUGAUGGGAGUUGUGUUUAGAAGCAGGUUGCCCAGAAAACUCACAAGCUGUCCAUACUCCCCAUGCCCAGCUCACGGUUCACAGAGAAUCAUUCAGGGAAUUUAAGUAUUUGGUUUCAACACAUGACACAAUCAUUACGGUGAGAUAAGGUUUAAAUGCAACUGAAGAAUUGUUCAUUUUGAUAAACAACUAAAUUCAAACACCGUCAAUUCUAAGAGGAUCCUAGGAUUCCAUCACAUCAAGGAUGACAAAAUAAAUAGAUAUAAACGAGCAGAAAAAAAGGUUAACCUCAACCAUGUACUUGUGUAUUUCUGAGGUUUCGAUGCAAUAAAAGGAGAGCAUUUCACGUG